CCUCCGAAAACAAAGCAGAGACGUUCUCGAACCGAUGUCCUGUGGACGUAAAUGUGUGAAAAACCAUUGAAAUGAUUGUUGACUUUUUAAGACACUUAAUUCAGGCCAUAUUGCAGCUAAUAUUUCCUACCAAGAUGAAAGUGUCAUAUUCGCUCAGUGUAUUUAUCAAAUCAAGUACUGGAAAUACAUUAAAGGUUGAAUUGGAUCCGAAGUGGGAUAUUCGAAGUUUGAAGGAAAGGAUAGCACCCAAACUUGGAUUAGCUCCCGAGGAUGUCAAAAUUAUAUUUGCGGGCAAAGAACUCAUGGAUUCUAUUGUUAUUGAGGAAUGUGACCUAGGUCAACAAAGCAUAUUACAUGCUGUUAAAAUUCGUCAUGUUGAAAGAAAUCAAGCAACUAGUAAUGAUAAUGAACCUCACGGUUCUCGUCCAAUGAACGAAACACUGGUUGACUGGCAACUUACUGCUAAAGAGCGUAGAAAUUUGAAAACAGAUGAAGAACGGGAAAGUAAGAAAGCCCAUUUUUAUGUUUACUGCCCUUCUCCAUGCAAAAGCUUACAGCAUGGUAAACUGCGUGUCAGGUGCGCCUCCUGUCGAAGUGGAGCUUUCACUGUUGAUCGUGAUCCACAAUGUUGGGCUGAUGUGUUAGAAAAGCGCAGGAUCACUGGCGCCUGUGAGGAGGAAAUCUGUCUGGAAUUUCAUACUGAGGGACCACAGUUUGCUGAAUUUUACAUGAAGUGUUCUGAGCAUACAUCACAAGGUGAAGAUGAUCAAAGUGUUCCAUUAAGUUUAAUUAAACCUAAUAUUAGAGAUGUUCCUUGUCUCGCUUGCACAGAAGUCAGUGAUACUGUGCUCGUUUUCCCUUGCAAAGAGGGGCAUGUCACAUGUCUGGACUGCUUUCGUGCCUACUGUGUUUCACGGUUGAGGGAUCGCCAGUUUUGGUCUCAUCCUGAACUGGGAUAUACACUGCCAUGUCCUGCUGGUUGUGGAGAUUCUUUGAUUGAGGAGAUCCAUCACUUCCGUUUGUUAACUGAAGAGCAGUAUGCAAUGUAUCAGCGCUUUGGAACUGAAGAGUUUGUGCUCCAAGCUGGUGGUGUAUUGUGCCCACAACCUGGUUGCGGUAUGGGUAUUUUAGCCCCAGAAGAUUGUCGACGUAUUCAAUGCCUUAAUGGAUGUGGGUUUGUCUUUUGUCGUCAAUGCUUGCAAGGUUACCAUUUAGGAGACUGUACAGACACAGGAGAAGGAUCUGUUGGUCAAUCAGGGGGAAAUUGUAACUAUAAUAUUGAUCCAGUUAAUGCUAGUCAGGCUCGUUGGGAUGAAGCCAGUAAAGUGGCUAUUCGAGUCACCACUAAACCUUGCCCUAAAUGUCGCACGGCUACUGAACGAGAUGGAGGUUGUAUGCACAUGGUGUGCACCAGGCCACAGUGUGGUUUCCAUUGGUGUUGGGUUUGCCAGACAGAAUGGACAAGAGAUUGCAUGGGAAGUCAUUGGUUUGGUUGAUUUUCAAGAUGGGUUGUACUGUGCGUGUGCAUAUAUUUCAGAUUUUUUAAAUUUUUUUCCAAGAAAAAUUUAGACUGAGGUACUUAGACUAUUAUUGUAGAGUUCUGGAUACAGAUUAAAGACAGGAUAUUGUUCUUUAUCACACCUUUGGUUGAAUGACUGAUGAUAUUGUCCAGACCAGAUAAGUAAAUUCUUUGUGAUUGUUUUUCUUAAGUAAAAUGUGAUAGUUCCUUAAAUAUUAUGUUUGGUAUCUAUUUUAUAUUCAAGUUAUGUAUUGUUAAAAAAUCUGGUGCAAAAAUAAUCAAACUCUGAAAUAUUUUUGUAUAACAAUCAGGGAAAUCUUGCACUUUGUACUUACCCUUCAAUUUUGUAGUUCUUUCUUAGUGUUAUUGUUUGUAAAUUUAUCUUAUGUUAUUAGUAUUUGCUAACCAAUUCUGAUUUGUUUUCUACUGUGAUUGUUGGCAUGUGAUUUAGAUAUAU